GCAAGUUGCAUGCAAACAGAGCAUUUUCUUAAGCCCACCAAACGUGCAUUGAGUGUGGAGCGAUGGCGUGUUAUCUGAAGUGAAGAUUGAAGACGUGAUAGAAGAUGGACGACUACUGCUAUGCUAAGAUGGCGACGUCCGCUAAAAGAGAACAUGAAAGAGAAUCAGCGCCACCAACGGAGAACAAUCUGAAAAGCGAAGAUGAAGACGUCCGGCAGCUGAUCGGUAAUCUAGAAGAAGUUUCCCCUCAGUUAGGGGGGAGCUCCACUUUGAAGCAGGAGACUCCACAACCACCCUGCAUUAAAAAGGAAGAGGAGGAACUCUGCAUCACUCAGGAGGGAGAGUGUCUUCUAGGACGAGAGGAAUCUGAUUACACCAAGUUUCCACUGAGUAUUCUCUCUGUGAAGACUGACGAUGAUGAAGAGAAACCACAAGCAGACAACCUCUUAGCUCCACUAUCAGAUAGUGAGGCUGAAGACGAGGUUGAAGAACCUUUGAGCAGCGAUACAGACUGUGAAGGUGAUAUGAGGACUCACACUGACAACAAACACUCUGAAUGCUCUACAAAGAAGAGAGGUAAAAAAUGUUUGAGCUGCUCAGUUUGUGCUAAAAGUUUUGCUAAAAAGAGCCAUUUGACUCAACACAUGAGAACACACAUAGGUGAGAAACCAUUUAAAUGUUUAGUUUGUGGCAAAAGUUUUUCUCUAAAUUGCCGUUUGACUCAACACAUGAGAACACACACAGGUGAAAAAACAUUUAAUGGUGCAGUUUGUGGAAAAAGCUUUUCUCAAAAUAGCUAUUUGACUCAACACAUGAGAACACACACAGGUGAAAAACCUUUUAAUUGUUCAGUUUGUGGAAAAAGCUUUUCUCAAAAUAGGACUUUGACUAAACACAUGAAAACACACACAGGUGAAAAAACAUUUCAUUGUUCAGUUUGUGGCAAAGGCUUUUCUCAAAAUGUCCAUUUGACUCAACACAUGACAACACACACAGGUGAAAAACCAUUUAAUUGUUCAGUUUGUGGCAAAAGAUUUUAUCGAAAUUACCGUUUGACUCAACACAUGAAAACACACAUCGGUGAGAAACCAUUUAAAUGUUUAGUUUGUGGUAAAAGCUUUUCUCAAAAUUGCCGUUUGACUCUACACAUGAGAACACACACAGGUGAAAACACAUGUAAUUGUUCAGUUUGUGGCAAAAUCUUUUCUCGGAAUAGCUCUUUGACCGAACACAUGAGAAGACACACAGGUGAAAAACCAUUUAACUGUUCGGUUUGUGGUGAAAACUUUUCUAUUAAGAGCCAAUUGACUGAACACAUAAGAACACACACAGGUGAAAAACCAUUUAGUUGUUCAGUGUGCUCUAAAAGGUUUCCACAUAAUGCAGACGCAGUAAAACACAUAAGAACACACAAGGGAAAAUAACCAAUUAGCUGUUUAGUUUGUGGUAUGUUGCUCAUAUGUGGUGACAUCCCCCCUACCCAGGACCUCCUCACUGCUUCUUUCACAAAUAUCUGAGGUAUUCAUACAAAAUUUGAUUAUUUAGAGCAUAAUCUUAUCUACUCAUGACCCCAUGUCUUCUCUGUAUCUGAAACCUUCCUGAACAGUAAGAUAGAUGAUGCUUCAAGUGCUUGGUUACUCCUUCUUCAGUCCAGGGACCUGGGGCCUCAUGUGUCAAGUUUGUGCACACUCAAAAACCUGCACUACACCCUUUUUCACUGCAAAGUUGAGAUGUAUCAAAACUGACGUUGACGCAUAAGUGAUGCUGGGUAGCUGUUUGCAUAACAAACUGCCAACUUUUACUCCUCAGACUGAUCGAUGUGCAAAUCAGAGACAUAUGAACAAUUAACCCCCAAAACCCACAACCCAACCCCCACCUCCCUCGACAUUCGGGCAUAACCGGUUCAAUCCAGCCCGCGAGAUGAGUUUGCGAAGUGCAAAAUUCAGCUGCAUUUUUUAAUGAAAGAAGCUGCUGUUCUAAUUGUGUCCACUAGAUGUCGCAAUAGCAAUUAUGUUAGGCAAGCAAAUAUAUUAUACCAAGGCAAGCAAGUACACCAAG